UUUCGUUUUAUUUAUUUAUUUAUUUUAUUACCUUUCCGGUCAAUAAGUCACUACACCCUCUGCUUACUUUUCACGCAUUCGGAUACCGCCCAGAUCUCUGCCCGCCCCAAAUUCAUCUCUCCAGAUCUGCUUCAGAUUUGGUGUUGAAUGCGCAUCUUCAGUUAGUUUGAGAGAAAUAGAGGCUUUGGAUUAUUUGGUUGAUUUAAGCGGGUAUUUUUGUCACUAAAACCGGAGAAGAAAAUGCCCGCAAUAAAUUGUUCUUUUCUCUUUGUGCUGUUGUUCUUGCAAGUUUGCAAUGGCUUUUAUUUGCCCGGAAGUUAUAUGCACACAUACUCAAAUGGGGAGUCUAUAUAUGCCAAAGUUAAUUCAUUGACUUCCAUUGAGACUGAGCUUCCAUAUAGUUAUUAUAGUUUGCCUUAUUGUAAACCACUUGGUGGGGUCAAGAAAAGUGCGGAGAAUCUUGGAGAACUCCUUAUGGGAGAUCAGAUUGAUAACUCUCCAUAUCGGUUUCGUAUGAAUGUGAGUGAGACAGUUUUUCUUUGCAUUACAAAUCCAUUGAGUGAGCAUGAGGUUAAGCUCUUGAAACAGAGAACACGGGAUUUGUACCAAGUGAAUAUGAUUUUGGACAAUUUGCCUGUGAUGAGAUAUGCAAAGCAGAAUGGGGUUACUAUUCAGUGGACUGGGUUCCCGGUGGGGUAUACUCCAGCAAAUAGUAAUGAUGAUUACAUUAUUAAUCAUCUCAAGUUCACUGUUUUGGUUCAUGAGUAUGCAGGGAGUGGGGUUGAGAUUAUCGGUACUGGUGAAGAAGGUAUGGGCGUGAUUUCAGAAGCUGAUAAUAAGAAGGCAUCUGGAUAUGAGAUUGUUGGUUUUGAGGUUGUACCCUGCAGUGUUAAGUAUGAUCCAGAAGUCAUGACAAAACUUCACAUGUAUGAUAAUAUUAAAACAGUGAAGUGCCCUUCAGAGCUUGACAAGUCUCAAAUAAUAAGGGAGCAAGAGAGAAUUUCAUUUACAUAUGAGGUUGAAUUUGUCAAGAGCAGUAUAAGAUGGCCAUCUCGGUGGGAUGCUUAUUUGAAAAUGGAAGGUGCUCGUGUCCACUGGUUCUCAAUCCUUAAUUCACUGAUGGUGAUAUUUUUCUUGGCUGGUAUAGUGUUUGUCAUAUUCCUGAGGACUGUGAGAAGGGAUUUGACAAGGUAUGAGGAACUGGACAAGGAAGCUCAAGCACAGAUGAAUGAGGAACUCUCUGGCUGGAAGCUUGUGGUGGGUGAUGUAUUCAGAGAACCAGAUCAUUCAAAACUUCUUUGUGUGAUGGUUGGAAAUGGAGUUCAGAUUACUGGGAUGGGCGUUGUCACUAUUGUUUUUGCGGCCCUUGGUUUCAUGUCACCUGCUUCGCGAGGAAUGUUGUUGACAGGGAUGAUAUUUCUGUAUCUUUUCUUGGGUAUUGCUUCCGGUUAUGUUGCUGUACGUAUGUGGAGAACCAUUAAGGGAAGUUCGGAAGGAUGGAAAUCGGUUUCUUGGUCUGUUUCUUGCUUCUUUCCUGGAAUUGUCUUUGUUAUCCUAACAGUAUUGAACUUCGUUCUUUGGGGCAGCAGGAGUACUGGUGCUAUUCCCAUUUCCCUCUAUUUUGUGCUUCUGUCCCUUUGGUUCUGUAUUUCAGUGCCGCUCACUCUAUUGGGUGGGUUCUUCGGGACCAGGGCUGAGGCAAUUCAGUAUCCUGUACGAACCAACCAGAUCCCUAGAGAAAUACCUGCUCGCAAGUACCCAUCAUGGCUUCUGGUUCUUGGUGCAGGAACUCUUCCUUUUGGAACACUGUUCAUUGAACUUUUCUUUAUUCUAUCCAGCAUCUGGUUAGGAAUUCUAUAUGUGUUUGGAUUUUUGUUGAUAGUUCUGUUAUUGCUGGUUGUUGUUUGUGCCGAAGUUUCGGUGGUUCUUACAUAUAUGCAUCUUUGUGUUGAGGAUUGGCGGUGGUGGUGGAAGGCAUUCUUUGCUUCAGGUUCGGUUGCACUCUAUGUGUUCCUGUACUCGAUCAAUUACUUGGUGUUUGACCUGCAGAGUCUGAGUGGACCAGUGUCUGCUAUACUUUAUCUUGGUUAUUCACUAAUCAUGGCAGUUGCAAUCAUGUUGUCCACCGGCACCAUUGGCUUCCUAAUGUCUUUCUACUUUGUCCAUUACCUGUUCUCAUCCGUAAAGAUUGAUUAAUUGUUAACUAUUGUGAAUCGUCACCAACUGAGUGGAGAAGACUUCCAGUACGUAGAGAAAGAGAAGAGGGAAGACAGUUUUCUUGCUUAUCGUUAGAAGACAUGAUAGAAUUAGAGGUCAUUAUAUCCUGUCUUGAUAUUGACAUUUUAUCAUUCUCACUUAACUAGUUUUGAGCUACAUUUGAAUUACGCAUCUAUCUCAGUUUACUUUAGCUGUUCUACAAA